CGGGUUGGGGAAGGGUGGUAGAGCGCUGGUUGGGGUGAGAAAAUCAAGCAAACUACUGGGUUCCUGGUUUGCAUGCAGAGCCUUGCUGGUUCUGGUCCUACUUCAUCAGAUCUUUUCCUAUUUCACCAGCUUCAUGACCUGGUUUUGAAUAGCAUCCAAAGCACAACAUACCAGGAUGCCGGAGCGGGUCGGCGACUGGACGCGGGUGCGUGACAUCGGCUCCGGGGGUUUCGGCACCGUCGUUCUGUGGACCAACGCCGACACGGGCGACAAGAUAGCGAUCAAGCAGUGCCGCUGGGGCGAGCCCGGGUCGGGCACGGAGGCCCUGCUGGUGCCCAAAGUGCGCGAGCGAUGGCAGAAGGAGGUGGAGAUCAUGCUGAAGCUGGACCACAGGGGUAUCGUCAGCUGCAUGCCCCUGCCGGCCGCCUUCCGCGUGGGCCCGACCGCCCUGCCCCGGCUCUGCAUGGAGUACUGCGUGGGCGGCGAUCUACGCAGGGUUCUCCUGAGCGCGGAGAACUGCUGCGGCCUGCCGGAGCUGGCCGUGCGCCGGUUUCUGAGUGACAUCACGGACGCCGUCGGCUACCUCCACGGCCUGCGCAUCAUCCACCGCGACCUCAAGCCCGAAAACGUGGUGCUGCAGGAGGUCGACGGACGGUACCUGGCGCCGGAGCUCUUCCUCACCAACAAGUCAGAGGCCGGCGCGUGCGGCGAUCGCGUGCUGAAGGGUGACGAUCGCGUGCUGAAGGCGUGA